AUGCGUCUCUACUGGGCUAUCAGUGCGCUAAUCAUCGGCACCACGACGGCUGCUCGAGUAGCUGCAGGAGGCCGAUUGUCUCGCCGUUCGACUUUUAGCUGUACUAGUUUAGGGUGUGUUCAGGGGUUUAUGUGUGAUGCUCGCGCUAAUAUAUGUCGGUGUAUUCUCGAAAACGGCUGCAAAAGCACUAGUACCGGUCUCCUUGAGGAGAUAGAAGACGUUAUAGAAGCACCAGGAGAGAUAGUAGUUGAUGCCGCCGAGACGUUUGACUUGUGGAACGGCGAAACCUGUAAAGGGCUAUCGGAAGUGUUACUGCCGGUAGUACACGGAGCGAUAAAAAAUGUAGCAAGGCGACGGAUGAAACCGGAUUCAAAUCUGCGAUCGAGGCUAUUAAAGCCGGCGAAGAAGCAGCCAAAGCCGCAGAAGCAGCAAUCAAACAAAACGGCAGAGGAAGCGUCCCAACGGGUGGUCAAAUUUGCCGGAACAAGAAGCAGGGCCGAAGAAGCUGCCAAAGCUCUCGAGAAAGCAAGCCUAGACGCAGAUUAA